GUGAGCAAAUUCAGACGCUGACAUAUACACAAACAUCUCAGUCACAUAUAUGUACUGUACAUUUAUCUUACCUUAUUUGUUUCUGAACAGACAGCAGAUUGCUGGAGCUCAAACAGUGAAAAUGGCUUCACUAUCUGAAGAUGAUUUUUCCUGUCCCAUAUGUUGUGAAAUCUUCAAGACUCCUGUUCUUCUGUCAUGUAGUCACAGUUUCUGUAAGGAGUGCCUUAAACGGUUCUGGAGAACCAAGGAAACUCAGGAGUGUCCCAUCUGCAGGAGAAGAUCAUCAAAAGAUCAUCCUCCAGUUAAUCUUGUGUUAAAAAACUUGUGUGAGUUGUUCCUGAAGCAGAGAAAUGAGGUUUGUUCAUCAGGAUCUGAGGAGAUCUGCAGUUUACACAGUGAGAAACUCAAACUCUUCUGUCUGGAGGACAAACAGCCGGUGUGUUUAGUGUGCAAAGAUUCACAACAACAUGAUAAUCAUAAAUUCAGACCCAUCAGUGAAGUGGUUUCAUUAUAUAAGGAGGAGCUCAAUACAGCACUGAACUCAUUACAGCAGAAACUUCAAAACAAUAAAAACAUUAAAGAAGAGUUUGGCAAAACAGUUCAACACAUCAAGUCUCAAGCUGAGCACACAGAGCAUCAGAUUAAACAGCAGUUUGAGAAGCUUCAUCAGUUUCUCAGAGAUGAAGAAGAAGCUACAAUCACUGCAUUGAAGGAGGAAGAGGAUCAGAAGAAGCAGAUGAUGAAGGAGAAGCUGGAGGAGAUGAACAGACACAUCUCAGCUCUUUCACACACAAUCAAAGACACGGAGGAGAUGAUGAAAGCCAGUGAUGUCUGCUUUCUGAAGGAGUUUCCAGUGUCAAUGGAAAGAGUCCAGAUCUCAUCACAGCCGGAUCCACAGAUGCCUUCUGGAGCUUUAAUUCAUGUGCCAUGUUACUUGGGCAACCUGCCCUUCAGAGUCUGGAAGAAGAUGCAGGACAUCGUCCAGAACACUCCUGUGAUCCUGGAUCCAAACACUGCAAAUCCACGUCUCGUCGUGUCUGAUGAUCUGACCAGUGUGAGACUGAGAGAUUAUCAACCUCUUCCUGAUAAUCCAGAGAGAUUUGACUGUUAUGAAUGUAUUCUGGGUUCAGAGGGCUUUAACUCAGGAACACACUGCUGGGAUGUGGAGGUUAAAGAGAGUCAACGCUGGAGACUUGGAGUAACUACAGCAUCAAACCAGAGGAAGGGACGUGAUUUCUUUAAGACUGAUGUCUGGUUUGUGUGGUAUGGAUGGUCUUUUGGUUCUGGUUUUCAUGUUAAUCAUCAUCUUGAUCGUGUGAGAGUGUAUCUGGACUAUGACAGUGGAAUAGUGUCAUUCUCUGAUCCUGUAACUAACACACAUCUACACACAUUUACAACCACCUUCACUCACACACUCUUUCCAUUUUUUCAUAGUUCUUCCUCUCUGAGGAUCUUGGCAAUCAAUAGUCAGUAAUCGUUACUCCUGCAGGUCUGGAUCUUCCUGUUUUCAUCUUCCAUUGUGUUUCAAUAUUUAAUCACGAGUAAGAGACUGUUGAUCUGAAUAUCAGAUCAGAAAACAAGUAAAUAUAUUCUUAUUUAAAAAUGAAAAAUGAUCAAAACACAUGAAGGGUUAAAAUUAGUGCUGUCAAUCAAUUAAAAAAUUAAAUCGCGUUAAUCACAGUCAUGGACCGUGAUUAAUCAUGAUUAAUUGCAAAUUUAAAAUACUAGAAUUUACCUGUAAAUGUGUUGAAAAAGAAAUGCAUGACAAACUAGUUUAAGGAAACAGAAUCUUUCACACUUCCGCCAGGUAUGAGACACAAUCCUUAUUAUUCUUUUAUCAUUAUUCUUUUGUUUUUAUUCAGCCAUUAUCAGCCUUUAUACUGGCAAUAAAACGUUUACCAAGCCACAUCGCUUCAAUCCCAGUAUACAUUUACCCAACUAUUAUCAAAAGUAUUUCUAAAUAAAUACAACAAAACAUUUCUUGCAUCCUUACAUGAAGUAUUAUGACAAAAUGCAUUAUGAAGAAGAAUUGGACCUGUUCUGCAGCUGCAUUAGAGCUAAUAUUAGCAUCAUGCUUCAUAAGACAAUUUAUGAGAUUAAUAGCACACUUUUACUCAGAACUCACUUCAAACCACCAUCGAGUGUUUGUAAUAACUUCCUUUUACGAUCACAUGUGGAAUUUGGUCGUUUGUUAAAAUAUGCUAUUUAUAGCCUUUUAUAUUGCUGUACAAAUUAGCAUUUCAGAUGUACACAUUAAUCUCAAGAAAAUCACAUACAAAUCAUAUCCUAUCGUAAUCUUGUGUUUAUUAUCUUACAUAAUCUAUAGUGGCUGUUGUCAUGUUUAUUUCUUCUGCUCUGCUGAAACUCACGUUGUUUGUGAUGUUACAGCCCUCUCCGUUCUUAAGUUGCCAUGGAUACAUUCCAAAUAUAAUACACAUUAGUAAAAGGAUCUAUUUAAAUUUUUAUUUGUCUAUAUACACUCUGGGCAGUCACGGUACAUUAUAAAAGUAGCCCAAAAAACCACAACCCACGGCUCUGUAAUUUUUCCCUGCGACUGUAUUUUUAAAAUAGCCCACUUGUGCCGUUACCCUGGCAACACUGGUGCUGUACCCUCAUCACACAAUGAUAGAUAACCUUCCGCGAUGACGGGAAGAAGUUGGGGUCAAACCUUAUCAAACGAUUAAUUUGCGUUGAAAAAAAUGUUAACGUGUAAAAAAUUUUUGAUUAAUCGCAUGCGUUAACGCGUUAACGUUGACACCCCUAGUUAAAACAAAUCGUUAUUCAUAUCUGACCAAUGAGAAACGAUGUGUCAUGAAUCUCUGCUCAUAACACCCUAGCAACAACAUAGCAACCACUCAGAACACUCUAGCAACAAACCAGUGUACCCUAGCAACUGGAUAGCAACACCCAGGCAAACGCAUAGCAACUAUAUGACACCCAUGCAAAAAAAAUAAAAAUAAAAAUAACACUAGCAACUUUCUGGCAACCACCCAGAACACCCUAGCAACCACGUAGCAGAGCCCUUGGUAGUGAUCUGUGUUUGUGUGUCUGAGAGAGAAACAGUAUGGACUCAAAACUGUUCACACUUUAAAACCACUUCAAACUGCUUCUAACUACUUUCAGCCCUCCAGACUAGACUUUCUCAAGACAACUUCAAAGAUUGUCUACACACUUCUUCAUAUAGUUACAUAAUAAUAUCACUUUUUUUUCCAGUAUUGCACAACUGAAAGAGUCAAUUCAGCACGUUCAGUGUUUGUAGUAAAUGAGUAAUUGUUUAUGUCCGUGAUAGUUUCAGUUACAUGAUCAUUUGUUCAUUGAAGAAAAUGGAUGUAAAAGGUUCUGAUCCACAAAAAUUAACCAUGAUUUUUCUACAAAUGAAACCAGAAAUCCAUGAUUACUGUAGUUAAACCAUGGUAACCACAAAUUAACCAUGGGCUUGCUUCUCUGACCAUAGUUAAACCAUGGUAUUUAUUGUAAAACUGUGGUGAUCAAAAAUGUUAAUCAAUAUGCAAAAAAACAAACAAAAACAAAAAACAUGGUUACUAGACUUUUACUAUAGUAAAACCAUGGUAAAUGGUUAAAUAAUAUAAAUAUUGAGUAUAGAAAUACUUGUUUGCAGCUGAUUAUAAAUCUGAUUCUCAGAUCAAAUUAUUGUUUUUUCUGGGACUGAAAUCUCUGACAAAGUCUGAAUCAGUUUCAGAAUAAAUAUAAUAAUCGCUUGUAUAAAUGAACAAUGUGUUUAUUUUUGUUCCUCCAAAUAAAUAUUAAAGUCACUGAAUGUGAUAAUCUGUGAGGGGGCAAAGUAUGGGUAAGUAUGUUUGUUUGACAGUAAGAAUGUAUAGUAAAAAAAAAAAGAAAAGAAAAAAGUGUGCCUCUUUUCUUCUGUAUACAGAAAAUACUAUAAAUGUGUAUCUGCUCAAAUAAGGUAAUGUCUAGAAUGAACAUGUUCUGUAGAAAAGU